UAUCGUUUCCUACCUAACCUCAUUCUUUUGUUGUUACCGAAGAGUGUUGUUACCUAUUAAUUUAUGUGCGAGAGUACAUAUCUAGUUCAUUAUUUUAUUUUAAUAUACUUAUAUGCAUUCAACUAAUUUGCUUUUUAGACUACAUAUAUAAGUUGUCAUCUGAACACUUUAUACCUAAAACCUAUAAAAUAACCUGUUAUAGCAAAAAAAUAGCUAUAAUGAAAAUAUCAGAACUACCAGGUGAUGAGGACUCUGGUUUAACAUGCCGCACAUAUGUUUUUCAGAAUGAAAGUCACACUUUAGGCAAUGCUUUGAAAUGUAUUAUUUCUAGAUAUGAAGAUGUCCAAUUCUGUGGAUACACAGUCCCUCACCCUGCAGAAGCCAAGAUGCAUUUCAGGAUACAAUCAAAGAACACACCAGCACUAGAGAUAUUAAAACGAGGGCUCAAAGAUCUUGAGAAAGUAUGCUCACAUACUAUAGAUUUAUUUGAAAAUCAAGUAAAAGAAUUCCAUAAAACUUAAA